GUCUGGAGGUAUUUGUCGAAGUACGUUUUGCAGCCCGAUCACCCCUUUGCGCUGCAUAGCAUGCUCCUGAAGUUGGUGUUCAGCAGCUGGAACGCAGAAGUGAAGGGCCCUAUUCCUGUCUGGAUGCCAACAUCUGAAGGAAUACGCGACACCAACCUGGCAGCUUUCAUGAGCAGCUUUCAGGCGGAAGAGUGGCUACGGGGUAAGACAGGCAACCCUCAGGUUGACCUCGACCUGCUACAGCGCAUAUCACACAGCGACCCGGAAGCCUUCUGGCCGCCAGUCCUCGCCCACCUGCGAAUCCACUUCCACCAGAGGCCUUCAAGGAUCUUUGAGCAUGCCAGCAACCCCGAUGACAUGAGGUGGCUGCCGGGGGCGCGGCUAAACAUAGCAGAGAGCGCGCUCUGCGUGCGGGACCAGGAUGCCCCCGCGCUGUUGUGGGCAGAGGAGGAGUCUCCGGACAUUAUUCAUGCGCUUACCUUGGGAGAGCUGCGCCUGCGCGCGCAGCACUUUGCCGCAGCCCUCAGAGCGGCCGGCCACACCCCAGGCCAGGCUAUCGCGAUAGACAUGCCGAUGACCGUGGAGGCAGUGGUGGCCUACUUUGGCAUCGUGCUGGCCGGCUGCGCGGCGGUUUCCAUCGCGGACUCCUUUGCGGCGGCCGAGAUCGCUAUGCGGCUGCGCAUCUCCAACGCGGCAGCCAUCGUCACACAGGACGUCAUCGGCCGCGGCAAAAAGCUGCACCGUCUCUAUGCGCGUGUAGUGGAAGCCGAUGCCCCCCGCGCUAUUGUGGUGCCCGCAAAUGCCAUCUGUGAUGGGUUUCAUGAGGGUUUGGUUGGAUUGGGGCAGGUGUCUCUCAGGCGUGGGGAUGUCAGCUGGGAAGACUUCUUAAAGGGAGCACCCUUACAUGCCAGCUUUCAGGCGCAUGUCGCCGAUGCCUCAGACGUUACCAACAUCCUCUUCUCUUCAGGCACCACUGGUGAACCCAAGGCAAUUCCUUGGACGCAUGUGACCCCGAUGAGGUGCGGGGUGGAUGCAUGGGCGCAACAGGAUGUGCGACGGGGAGAUGUGGUGGCCUGGCCCACCAACUUGGGCUGGAUGAUGGGCCCCUGGCUUCUCUAUGCUGCCCUUCUCAAUGGCGCUGCAGUGGCCCUGCAAAAUUGUGUGCAGGGGUCGCCACUGGCGCGGCCGUUUGGGAUCUUUGUGGAGAGGGCGCAGGUGAACGUGCUGGGCUUGGUGCCUUCCAUUGCCAAAGCCUGGAGAGCCAGCGGCUGCAUGAAGGGGCUGAAGUGGGCGUCGCUGCGCUGCUACAGCUCAACAGGAGAGGCAUCGGCGCCGGAGGACUACCACUGGCUCAUGGCGCGUGGCGGCUACAAGCCGGUGAUCGAGAUCUGCGGCGGCACAGAGAUCGGCGGCGGCUUCCUGGCCGGGUGCAUGCUGCAGCCGCAGAGCCCCUCCACCUUUUCAACUCCCACCAUGGGGUCCAACUUUGUGCUGCUCACGGCGUCCGGCCGGCAGAGCAUGCACGGCGACCGUGCUGCUGUGGUCGGAGAGCUGGCUGUUGUGCCCCCACUGCUGGGCAGCUCACAGCGGCUGCUCAACCGCGACCAUCACAGCGUGUACUACAAGGACAUGGAUGUUGUGGCGGGGACGUAUCUGCCGCUGCGGCGUCAUGGGGACGAAUUUGAGCGGCUGCCCAACGGCUACUACAAGGCUCUGGGGCGCUGCGAUGACACCAUGAACCUUGGGGGCAUAAAGGCAAGUUUUCUGCUGCCUGCCUGCCUGCCUCUUGAUGUGAGCUCUGUGGAGCUGGAGAGGGCAUGCAUGGAGAGCGUUCCCUCCAUCAUAGAGGCGGCUGCCGUCAGCGUGCCGGCACCGGGCGGCGGGCCUGAGCAGCUCGUGCUCUUCUUGGUGCCCCGGGGCAAACGAGAAAGCACCGACGCCGUGAAGCGGCAGUGCCAGGCAGCCAUUCGGUCCAAGCUCAACCCGCUCUUCAAGGUGGAAAGGGUGUUGUGGCGUGACAGUCUGCCCCGCACAGCCUCCAAUAAAGUCAUGCGGCGAUUGCUACGGGACGAGCUGAGAAGCCACUCGCGUUUGUGA